UGGAGGAGCUCCGAAAACCAACAUUACCACCCUCCGUUCUCUUGUCCUCCCAAUUAGUGAGCAGCUUCUCUUCUUUGCAACUCUUUCGAUCAUUUCUGUAUACAUGCCGGAGGAAGGGCAGCGAAGAAGCUGUUUGUGAGCAAAAUCCUUUGCCUGUUGAGUUCGCAUGCAUCAGCGCCCCACAGGCGCCCCAAACAAUCGAAGCUCGCCACCUGUCCUCUUGCACGAAUACCACCCCUAACCCGUGCGGAGCUAACGGGACUCGCCCAGAAGUCGGAAUCCUCCCGCCCUCAGCUCGAUUCCUGUAAUCCUGAUAUCCUGUGUGAAAGCCCGUCUCCGGCACUGACGACCGCUCUGACAGUCUCACUGUCCCGAGGUAUUUCCCGUCUCUCUUACCUCUUUGAGACUUUGAUGGGUGAAGAAUAUAGCAUUCUGGCUAAGUCAGUUCCAACAGGGAUUCGAGUUGCUAAGCCGAUACGGCGAUACGGUCGGUUGCAACCCAUGAUGAAGAACGUCAAUGAAGGGAAGGGUAUAUUUGCGCCCAUCGUGGUCGCCACCCGAAAUAUCAUCAGAAAGAAGCGAUUCAAUCAGCUCAGAGGCAAAGCCAUCGCCCUUCACUCACAGGUGAUCACAGAAUUCUGUAAAUCGAUAGGAUCAGAUCCGAAACAAAGACAAGGGCUGAUUCGAUUGGCAAAGAAGAAUGGAGAAUGGCUUGGGAAAAUACAGAAAAGAAUCUUUAACCAUGCUGGUGGUCGCCGGAGAUGGCCGGUGGUGGGUAACCUCCCCUUCUCUGUUUUCUACUGA